UACUUCCGGUGCUCAUGUUUGGUCUACUGUAGUGCCCGGAUGUAGGGAGCGGGAUUUAAUUUGGGACGCGGCCACUGAGGCAGCAGACGCUCAGCUGAGGCUAUUUAAAGGGCUGUGAGUAGUACUGUCAACACAGCGCGUGCCGUUUCCUCAAACUCUGAGGAAGGAAACGCAAGCGAUCAUGGCGGGUGUCGGGGCGAACACCUCUGCGAACCCCAGCUGUAAGAUUAUGACCUUUCGCCCCACCAUGGAGGAAUUUCGUGAUUUUAACAAGUACCUGGUGUAUAUGGAGUCUCAGGGAGCGCACCGUGCCGGUCUGGCUAAGGUGAUUCCUCCGCUGGGCUGGAAGCCGAGACGGACCUACGACGACAUCGACGAGCUGGUCAUCCAGGCGCCGAUUCAGCAGAUUGUGGCCGGCCAAUCGGGGCUCUUCACACAGUACAACAUCCAGAAGAAACCGCUCAACGUGCAGGAGUUCCGCAGGCUGGCCAACAGCGACAAGUACUGCACUCCUCGGUACUUGAACUACGAGGACCUCGAGAGAAAGUACUGGAAGAACCUGACGUUCGUGCCUCCCAUAUAUGGCGCAGACGUGAACGGGACGUUGUAUGACGAGGGCGUGGAGGAGUGGAACAUCGGGCAUUUGAACUCCAUCCUGGACGUGAUCGAGGAGGACUGCGGCGUCUCCAUUCAAGGCGUGAACACCCCCUACCUGUACUUCGGCAUGUGGAAGACCAGCUUCUCCUGGCACACGGAGGACAUGGACCUGUACAGCAUCAACUACUUGCACUUCGGAGAACCCAAGUCCUGGUACACCAUUCCUCCAGAACAUGGGAAGAGACUGGAGCGAUUAGCCACAGGUUUUUUCCCGAACAGCUUUAAGAGUUGUGAAGCUUUUCUCAGACACAAGAUGACCCUGAUCUCACCUUCUGUGCUGAAGAAAUAUAGCAUUCCGUUUGAUAAGAUAACACAAGAGGCCGGCGAGUUCAUGAUCACAUUUCCGUAUGGCUACCACGCUGGCUUCAACCACGGCUUCAACUGCGCAGAGUCCACUAACUUUGCCAGCUUGCGCUGGAUCGACUACGGCAAACUCGCCACUCAGUGCACGUGCAGCAAAGACAUGGUGAAGAUCUCCAUGGACCCGUUUGUCAAACGUUUCCAACCGGACCGCUAUCAGGCGUGGACGCAGGGCAAGGACACCUGCUCAAUAGACCACACCCUGGCUACGCCCAGCACCACGCCUGAGCUCCAGACCUGGGUCCAGAGACGCCGCAGGUCCAAAGUCAACAAGCGAGAAAGCUACCCUUGCACACGCUCCAAGCGACUGAAAACUGUGCGUCAGCCGGUCGCCGUGGAGACGGCUCCUGCACAGAUAAGUGACCAGGAAGAGGAAGUGAAAGAGGAGGAAGACCACAAUGCAUCACGCCUCUCAGGGCCCGCUAGUCUGUGUCAACAGAUUUGCUUUGUCAAGGUCACGCGAGUUAAGAGCAAUUUAUUGGUCCAGUCGUCUAAAAGGGUCCCGCCCCAAGCCCCGCCCUCCGAUGCACAAGACACGCCGAAAGAAGCCUUAGGAACCAAUGAGCCUCUAACCUCCACGGCUGACCCACUGGACUCGGAACAGACCUCAGAGAGUCGGUGUAGAGCCAAGUCCUCGAGGGGCAAAUCACUCCCCAAAAAUCAGUCUGCUCGUCGUGAAGAAACUCCUCCUGCUGUAAAUUCCUCAAGUACAACAGUCACUACUGAACCCGCGGAACAUUCAGGAACUCCUGCGUCCGACAUGCCUUUCCUUACGCCGGAAAUCACAGAGGAUCCUGAGGGAAGGAAAUCUCCAAAUCCUUCGUCUGAAAUGCCCUUUCUGACUCUGGCAGUCCAGUCCAGUGAUAACAACACACUCUUGAAUCCUAACAAACUGGGAAAAUCCACCUUGCCUCAGAGCGCCACGGGUGAAACCAGCGUUUGCGUUAACACACUACAUUCUGAUUGGUGCUCAGAUUCGUUCCAAGAGGAGGUCAGAGAAUGCACCGGCUCUGGUCCAGACACUAACAAGGAGCUCCUCGGAAAGAAAGCCGGAGAUGGGCGGUUGCCCUCGGGUCAAGCUCCGAACCCGGUCUCCAGUAUCUCCUGUCACCCUCAAAUCGGUCCUGAACACUUCACUCAUAGCCCUGUGAAGGACUCUCCGAUAUCCGCUAACACUAACACACUUUCAAGCGAGUCUCCUUCCACGUCUUACUACCAGAAACCCUCGUCUCCUCUCCACCAACCCGACUUCACGUCUCCUUCCUCACCGAACCUCUUUGAAGAACCUUCUACUAUGUGGAAGAACAUAAGCUAUCAAAAUCCUGAUUAUGUCAUGUGGGCGGAGCCUCGGUGCCACCAGGUGAAGUGCCCAGAUCCUUCAGAGUUUCCUGAAAAGAGCCUGACAUUUACAGAUCUGGAACCGAGCGUGGUUCAUCAUUCUGCCACGGAGCUUCUCAGUUCUCCAGACAGGCCUCAGAGGUCAGAGAGUAGCAGUGAGGAGUCUGGUGAGGAGAACUCGAUGAGCGAGGCGGAGUACGGAGAUUCGGGCAUAGAGCCGGGAGAAAUUCGAAUCUACUCCUUGCCGGUGGGGAAGAGGAAGACGUCCAAAAGUUGGCGCCACCCUUUGAGAAAACCGACAGCCAGGGCAGUUCCCAGCGCCGUCAAGCAGCAAGCCAACAGCGACGAUGAACCGAUGGAGGAGGGUACUGCGGAGGAGGAACUGCAGGAGGCUGACGUCUGGGCGAGACCCCUGGUCCACCUCUGGCACAGCAGGAAGUCUCACUUUCAGUCAGAGCGAGAGUACAACAGCAUUGCCGCGAAAACGGCGCCGCACUGUGCCGUGUGCACGCUGUUCAUGCCUUACUAUCAGCCUGAAGAGACGAAGGACGAAAGCCGACCGGAGUUCCCGACAGGAGACAGCGGAGAGACGGCUGCGAGGUCACGACCCCUGAUUCCAGAGAUCUGCUUCGCCUACCGUGAGGGGUCGUGUCCCCCUAACACGCUCGUGGAGGAGGACGGGUCCAGUCCUCUCGUGGCCUGUACACACUGCUGCGUUCAAGUUCACGCCAGUUGCUAUGGCGUCGCUGCCCACGAUGUCACCCCGGAGUGGACAUGUGACCGCUGCUUGUGUGGAGAUCUGUCCGCCGAGUGCUGUUUAUGUAACUUACGAGGCGGCGCGUUGAAAAGAACGACAGACGACAGGUGGGCGCAUGUGAUGUGUGCUGUGGGUCUGCCUGAGGUCAAAUUCACUGACAUUGUGAAGAGGAGUCCCAUCGACAUUAGCGCUGUCCCCGCACAGAGAUACAAACUGAAGUGUAUAUAUUGCCAUAAGCGGAUGAAAAAGCUAGCGGGCGCGUGUAUCCAGUGCUCGUGCGGCCGCUGUCCCACUUCCUUCCAUGUCACGUGUGCUCACGCCGCUGGCGUCACCAUGGAGCCUGAUGACUGGCCUUACGUCGUCUUCAUCAUCUGCCACAGGCACCAGUCACGCGGCUCCAGCACCGUGAGAACCUCAGCCCGCCCACUGCAUGCUAAAAAACUUCAUAAAUUUAAACCCCGCCCGCACCACAGCACUCAUGUUUUUAUUUUUUUCCCCUCACAGAAAUCGAAGGCGAGCCGGACAGAGCUGGCUCUCGGCCAAACCGUGAUCGCGAAGCACAAGAACCUGCGCUACUACAGCUGCCGGAUCGCCAGCGUGACCGCGCAGACCUUCUACGAGGUCAUGUUCGACGACGGAUCAUUCAGCAACGACACCUUUCCUGAGGACAUCGUAAGCAGAGACUGCGUGCAGCUCGGGCCCCCGGAGGUCGGCGAGGUCGUGCAGGUCAAGUGGCCGGACGGGCUUUUUUACGGAGCUAAAUACCUGGGAUCAAACACUACAUACAUGUACCAGGUGGAGUUUGAGGACGGCUCUCAGGUGCUGGCUAAGAGAGAGGACAUUUACACCCUGGAGGAGGACCUGCCCAAAAAGGUCAAGGGUCGUCUCUCUACAGCCUCCAGCAUGCGUUUCGAGGAUGCGUUCUUCACCACGCAGGGCGAGCGCAAGAGGCAGCGCACGCCAAACUCUCGCUUCCAGAACGACUACGUGGCCGACCCUAGCCAUCGGACCUCCAGCUGCUGCAAAAACUGAGACCGCAGGGGCACAAAACGGAGAAGAGAGAGAGGUGAAGGGGUGAAAUAUUAACUGACAAACUGUGAUGAUUAUUUUUUCUUUUUUUAAAUCAUAUACACAACACACUUUUAGUGAGAGUUUGAUAAAAAGAGACGGAGGAAAAGACUUUAUUUCUUUCUAACAGUGAAUCGUUACCGUACGGAAGCGACGCUGUUUUCUCCUGUUUAUGAUACACCCCUCCCCUCCCCCUUUCCUCUUCCCCCACCCCAGUCCAGUGUUCCCUGCACAUUUAGACGCUUCAUGUUCCUGAUGGUUUGCUUGGCUCCUGCACGCCGCUCCUGUACAGAUCGCCUUUAAGCCCCUCGCCCUCCCUGUACUACUAACUCUACUCCUGUUGUCUCGAGCUUCUGAAAGCGCUGAUUAUAUUCUUUUCAGCAAAACCCUGCUACUGAUCGCUUUGAGAGCACAUUUAGCCCACGCUUAACUUCUGAGUUUGAUCUUAUUUAUUUGGAAUUUCAUCUUUAUUUUUUAGUGGUGCUCAAAUCUGUAAAGAAAAUUUAAGAUAACUGUAUUGGGAGAGUCUGAAGGAAGGCUGAAUUAUUAAUAUUUGAAUAAACAUACAUGGGAA